AUUAUACAAAUAAUAUUAUUAUUCAGCUGGAUACAAUGUCUCUGUUGAAACGCCUUUUGCCCGCCGCCGCCGGUCCUUGCCGCCGUAACAUGUCAGACAUUAGGACUGUUACUCUCAUUCCAGGAGACGGAAUUGGCCCUGAAAUUGCAGUAGCUGUCCAAAAGAUCUUUGCGGCUGCCGAAGUUCCGAUUGCCUGGGAACCUGUUGAUGUUGCUCCGAUCAGAAAUGCCGACGGAACAAUGGGAAUUCCCCAGGCCGCCAUUGACUCCGUUAACCGCAACAAGAUCGGAUUAAAGAGUCCCCUGAUGACCCCUAUUGGCAAGGGUUUCAGGUCCCUUAACCUGCAGUUGAGGAAGGAGUUCAACUUGUACGCAAACGUACGUCCCUGCAAGUCCAUUGAGGGGUUCAAGACAUUGUAUGAUGAUGUGGAUGUUGUCACAAUCAGAGAGAAUACCGAAGGUGAGUACUCUGGUAUCGAACACGAGAUUGUUGACGGGGUCGUUCAGUCUAUCAAGCUCAUCACAGAAAACGCAUCUAGGAGAGUUGCUGAAUAUGCGUUUGAAUAUGCUAAGAACAACGGAAGAAGCAAGGUGACUGCAGUCCACAAAGCUAAUAUUAUGCGGAUGUCGGAUGGUCUUUUCCUCAGAUGUUGCAGAGAGGCAGCUGAAAAAUAUCCUGAAAUUAGAUUUGAAGAAAAAUAUCUGGACACAGUUUGCUUAAAUAUGGUUCAGGAUCCGAGUAUGUAUGACGUUCUAGUUAUGCCUAAUCUUUACGGAGACAUCUUAUCUGACCUUUGCGCUGGUUUGAUCGGAGGUCUGGGACUUACGCCCUCCGGAAAUAUUGGUACUGACGGAGCUAUUUUCGAGGCUGUACACGGUACUGCUCCAGAUAUUGCCGGGCAGGAUAAAGCCAACCCUACAGCUCUUCUUCUAUCCAGUGUAAUGAUGCUCCGGUAUAUGCAGCUGCCAGAGUACGCUAAUAAAAUUGAAGCAGCAGCAUUCCAGGUGAUAAAAGAAGGCAAAGUCAUAACUGGAGAUCUGGGAGGAAGAGGGAAGUGCUCCGAGUUUACUGAUGAAAUUAUUAAAAAGAUUGAAUCAAUGUAAACAAACAAACUAGUUUAGUCCAUUUUUCCACACGUGAUACAACGCAGGUUUUGUAUUCUCUAGUCCUUCAUCAAUUGGUACAAUACAGUACAUGAGUAUUGUGAACACUGGUACAAUACAGUACAUGAGUAUUGUGAACACUGGUAUAAUACAGUAUGAGUAUUGUGAACACUGGUAUAAUACAGUACAUGAGUAUUGUGAACACUGGUAUAAUACAGUAUGAGUAUUGUGAACACUGGUAUAAUACAGUACAUGAGUAUUGUGAACACUGGUAUAAUACAGUAUGAGUAUUGUGAACACUGGUAUGAUGCAGUAUGAGUAUUGUGAACACUGGUAUAAUACAGUAUGAGUAUUGUGAACACUGGUAUAAUACAGUACAUGAGUAUUGUGAACACUGGUAUAAUACAGUAUGAGUAUUGUGAACACUGGUAUAAUACAGUAUGAGUAUUAAGGUGUCCAAAGAUAACCAACUUUUGAAAAUAGAUGUGCGCGGUAGACUUUCCCAUUCUAAUGUGUACCGUAAGCCCUAAUCUAAAUUUUUACGUCAAUAUCUCUAAAAGUAAAAAACAUAAUCGCUGCUGAAGUUUGAAAAAGACCUACACAGUUCCCAACAAAUAUUUCUUGAAUAUAUCAUGUCACAUAUCAUUUUCUUCGCAAUUGUCCAGAAAGAUAAAAAUCCGUUGACAUUUUUUUUUUCAAACUUUAAUCGAGCUACAUCCAAAAAAACCGCUAAAAAUGUACUUUUCUAGAAAACAAGCAUUUUGGGGACGGUUUUUUUGAACCGAAUUCAUUUAUUUUUAUAAAAAAAAAUCAACAGAUAGGAAUUCUCUGAUUGAAAACGAAGAAAUUGAUAAUUAUUUGAUUGAAUUGAAUAAUUGGUGGCGAUUAUCUCCUAGAAUUUAAGAGGUACCGACUUUUUUUAGGAAUUACAAGGGGAAAAGUUACCAUGCUCAUCACGCGCGCCAUUUUCUAAAAUUAGUAUUCUUUUGUGGACACCUUAAUAAGUAUUGUGUAUACAAAAACAUGUUUUAACCAGUAUUAUGGUUUUCUUAGACAAACAAAAAAUCAUGCUCUUUUUUGUUCUGGCGAUUUCACACCAAAUCUUUUCGUAGAUUUCCAAAGAUAAUUUAAAAUAGUGGCAUUAUUUUUUAAUGAAACAAAAUUAGAAUCUCAAACACAGAGCUACUAGACUAGUGUAUAAAAAUUUAAAACUAAAAACAAACAAAUAAAUGUAAUAGCAAAAUCUUUUUCCGUUUGAUCUCUCAUCUGUUAACUGGAGAUUAGCACAAUUAUUUAUUUAGCACUAGUUUAGGGCCAAAUUGACCAUUCCCCAGCAAAAACAAAAAAUUCUUUAAAAUCUGUAGAAUCCAGUUUCUUCAUCAUUAUUGUUAUAAUCUUGUUUCA